UUCAUCCGACGUGGGCCCGUAACGUUGUCAUGUUGAAAAUAUUGAAAGUCAAAAAUCACCUUAGUUUUGCAAAUCCAGCUUUUCAGUUUUACAUUAUAUGACCAGUAGUGUCCUAUAGAUCACGAAAACUGUUAUUAGGCACACUUUUACAGACAGUAUAAUGGUUGUUUUAUGAGGGAAAUAGGACGAGCUUUUUCGAGUUAAAAGAAAAAAAGAUGGCGGGUGUCAGUUUUGUGAAAAUAUGUGAAGAAGGUUGAGUCAGUCGAAAUCCAUAAUUCUUCGGGAAAAAAAUUCACGUUGCCCGCUGUUAAAUACCAAACAAGUAAAUCAUCAAAACACUGUAUGUUCUUGAGCAACUACAGUAGUAAUACAGAAAUCAAACUGUUAAUGUAUCUGUAAAAAGAAAGGUUUUUAGUCGUCGUGCUCGAUGUUGAAGUGCCAUCCAGACUACCUUGGACUGUUGAAAAAAAAUAUCAGGUCCUGUUGUCUGGUGGCGAACUCGUAGUCCAACCGCGUUCCGUUGCAGAAAGUUUUAUUCGCCUUUUAUAUCACAAUGACCAACGCAGUGGAUCCCUACCAGUUAUUAAAGGCCCUCGCACCUCUCCUAACCCAGGAUGGAGCCAUGAAAAAUAAAGCACAAGUGCCAAGGAUAUCGGGUCUGAUGAAUGGAGCCCGAAAGCUUGUCAGUCGCUGCAUCUACGUCAACAUCUUAAGAUCAACCAAUGAUGCGGAUUUAUUAUCAAGUUUUAUUCAUGAUGGUGGUUGGGAACUACUCAAUCUGUGGCUGCAGGAAUCCAAGGAGUCGACCAAUAGUGCAUUCAUGACUGACCUGCUGAAGGUCUUCAAGAAGCUGCCUGUUACCAUCGACAUCUUGAAGAAGAGCAACACCGCUAAACUGGUCAAGCAAAUGAGCAAGUCUGACGCCGACGAGAAGUUGAAGCUCCUAGCUGAAGAAGUCGUCUCAGAGUGGAUGAAAGUCAUUAAGCAGAGUCACGAAACUGCCGACUCGAAACCAGCCGCCUCCUCCGUCGUCAAGAAGAAGAAAAAGCUCCUCAAGAAACCGGCCAAGACAUCGAGGGAGAACAGCACAGAAGAUGGGAGCAACUCGCCCAUGGAGGUGACCACGAAUAAGAAAUCAUCGGAGAAACCAGGAGAAAAUUCCAAAUCAAACAAUAAUAUUGAGGAAAGAACUAGUAAGAAGUCUAGGUUAUCGCUGAAGAAACCGGCGAAGGUGGAGGAAUCUAAUUCCAAUGAGGUCAAAAAGGAAGAGGAUAAAGUUAGGACAGGGAAAAUUAAGAGGCCGGCACAUACAAAGUUCCGAUCGACAGGUUUAGAGAAAGAAACAACGCUGCCGCCCAUAAAAAUCAAGAAGAAAAACGUUGAUCCACCACCGGUAAAUAUAAACAGGACAUCAGAGAAGGCUGUACCUGUCAAAAGAGAAGGUCCAAUCUUUGGUAAGACUCUCCUUCCCCCAGAGAAGAAACCAAAGUUGGAAACAACAACGUUAGCAACGACAAAGACGUCGGCAACGUCGACAUCCUCAUCGGCUUCUUCUACCACCUCUACCUCACCCUUACCGAGUAGCAACAACCAUGGACGGAUCAAACUCAUUCCUCCAAAGCACAAACAGGUGCAAGAGAGCUCUAACUUCAUGGAUGCAUUGAACGCUCCGGCCAUUCCUGUCCGCAAAGUCAAGAUGAAGAAACCAAAACCAACGUCUCCAACGACCAACAAGCACGCCAGUAACCCCUUAGACUCCUUGAUCGUGAGCAGUAAAGGGAAGGAUGACGAAUCGGAAGACUCUAAGGAAGCAAAGGUGGAUCCCCCGAAAUUCCGAUUUUACUCUUCCGGCCAAAACGAGGACGAAGAAUCCGACAAGUCAGAGAAGACAGAGACCAAGGACGAGACGAACAGCGCCACCGCCAAAGACACGGUCAGCACAAGCAAUCUUAAACUGGUCCCGUCCAAAAACAAGAAGUGCGUCAAGUGGAGAGACGAGGACAAACUGGUCGAUGUGCGCUACUUUGAGAUGGAUGAGACGGAAAGAGUCAACGUGAACAGACCCAAAGACUUCCGAGAUGCAGCGCAUCAUGAGAUGGUAAUGGAGAGGGAGGCAAUGAAGAACGCUAAGCUAGUGGGACCAGGGGAAGAUCCUGGUACCAAUGGUGGAUACACUGACCUCUUACCAUGGAGGCUACCUUCCCUGAUCAGGCUCCUGGAUAUGCCUGUUAUCGACUACGGCACAAACAGCGUGGAGAAGGGACUCCAGAAACAGCGAGAGAUGAUCGUCCUCCAGGAGAUCUACUUUGAUAAGAAAAUGAUCCCAGAAACACCCAAGGAGCCCGAUCCGGAACCGUUUGAGCCCAAAGAACCCACAAGAAUCCCGCUGGAAGAUGAGACCAAGAGGAAACCUGGUGACGAUGAGACAGCCGAUUCUUCCCAAAGCACGCCCCUUUACUCGGAGCCGAUGUUGCCCCACCUGAACCCCGCCGCCUUGCCGCCCCUUCUCCAUGGUAGCCCUCAGCCUGUCAUCCCACCAGGUAUCACCUUACCCCCUGGCCUACAGCUGGAUAACCUUCCACCAGCCAUUGCCAGCCUGGUUCAGCAGAUACCCGGGGGCCUAGCGCCGGCGUUGCAGGGUCCAGCGAGGCAGGGUCCUGGCAGACCCAAUGAGACUCAACCCCCCAACGCUACCAUUACCAAUGUGCAAAAUCUUCUUAAUUCAAUUAUGGGUAAUCAGCCCGGUGAGGCCCAGCCGUCCCAGGAUGAACUGACGAACAAACUCAGAGAUAUGCUGGAACCGUUCAAGAGCCAACUACCAGGGUCUUUGCAUGGUCCUCCACAGCCCAACCAUGCAGGAGGGCCCAACUUUGGCCCAGAGGGGCCCAACUUUGGUCCAGAUGGGCCCAACUUUGGUGCAGAUGGGCCCAGCUUUGGUGCAGAUGGGCCCAACUUUGGCCCAGAUGGGCCCAACUUUGGCCCAGAUGGACCCAACUUUGGCCCAGAUGGACCUAACUUUGGCCCAGAAGGAUGGGGCCCAAGAGGUCCUCCCCCAGGCCAUGGUCCUGGCCCCAUGAGGGGCCGUGGUGGAGUUCGACCUCCGUUUCCAGGACCAGGCAGAGGGUUUUAUAACGGACCUCAAUUCCCUAAUGGACCCCAUCGGUUUCCAGGACCGGGUGGACCAGACAUGGGUCCAAGGGGCCCACCCAGAGGUCCUCCCAGGGGUGCAGGCCCACGGGGACGUGGACGAGGAAGGGGAGGAGGAGGAAUGAGUUUUUCUACCCGGCCCGUCUGCAGACAUUUCAUGACCCCUAGAGGCUGUGAGAGGGCCGUGAAUUGCCAGUUCUACCAUCCGGGGGUAAACGGACCGCCGUUAACGGAAUGAGCUUUUGAACAUUGGAGAAUCCUACGGGAGGAAUGCGAAUGAUGCAAAACCACAUACACAAUGAGAUGCCCAUGCAGAUGACAUCCAGUCAGUGAAAACCAAUUGAGGCGCUGUCAAAGUUCAGAUGUGUCUUCCUUAUUGAAGAGGAUAGAAUCUUUGGUACUCAAAAUGAGGCUCUGUGUCAAAGUAGGCUGGUUCCUAUUAACCACAUGCCAUAGGAAUCCACCCUGAGCACUUCUGGGUACUUUACCAAAUCCAGUUUUUUCGUCAGUUUAAACUUUAAGGUGCUAACCAGUAAAUUCCCCCCUUCACAUAUUUGUGAAUUCCCUAGUCGGCCUGCGACUAUGCCUAGAUUCCACAGAUCCUCAGAAUCAUGUGGUGAUGGUUUGCUAACUGGAAUCUUCAUUGCCAAUUGAGGGACUUCCGUAGAGAGACGGCUGUUCUGAAGCUGGUGUGAUCAAACUUCAAAAACCCACGAGAGAAUUUCUUAUCUUCAAAUGUGACAUACAGAGAAGUACCGUAGUACUUGACAAAUCAUGGACUAAUAACAGUAACAAUAACUGUUGCAACCAUACUUCUACAUUUUGGAGUUCUUUUUCCAUCUACUUGUUUUUUUACUCCGUUUUCCAUGGAAAAAACUGCUCCCAAGAACUUCUAAUAUAGAAAUGAGAACUAAACUUUAUCAAUCUUUCAAAGUCAUUUGGCGUCUCUGGAUAUUUUAUAGACAGGGGAAAAAUAGCUUUGUCUGUAUUUAGAGGGCAGUGUUUACAUAUAAUUAUUGUCUACAAUUUUAGACCAUGGGGGAUUUUCAGUCUAAGGUUUUAAUAAUCAACGACUGCCUAAUACAAAAAAAAUUACAUUGUAUGGUAAAAAAUCUAUGUAUAAAAUGGUUUUGGGCAUUGUGAACAGUGCCCUCUAUUAACACAGAAAUCAUUUCAUGGCUCUGUUUAACCAUAAAAAUGGAAUCUGUGCUUACGGAAAGAGGGAAUUCUACACUUAUGUCAAGUGUAUUUCAAGGGUUAGAAUGGAAUUUUUUCUUGUGGCGUGCGUACUCCACCUUACUAGGCAUUCAUCGCUUACACAGCUAGCGCAGAAAUUCAGUGCUUGGACAAUAAGCACAAAAUGGUGAUUCUGCGGUAAGCAGAGCCAUGAAAUUGGGCCCUGGUAUAUUGAACUGAAGUUCAGUUGUAUGCCAAAUUGGUUUCUAAUCAAGUUAAUUAUGAAUGCAUUUGCCUUUUGAUCAGAAAUGAAUCAGAGAGUUUGAACAUAUCAGAACCACAAAAUAUUGAUUUGGGAAAGAACCGUAGGGAAAAUGUCAAUGGCCAGAGGUAGUUGAGGUUUUAUUUAGAACAUUGGAUGAUGUCACUUUUCCCUUGAAUUAUUCAAUAAUAGCCUGAUUGAUAAUGAUGAUGGCGACAAUUAGCAACAGUUCUCAUCAGAAAUUUCCAAAAUUUUUGCCCAAACUUCCACAAGACCACCUAUUGGUCUCCUAUUUUGAAUACUAAAGAUAUAUCAAAGGCUUUUGCUUGGAAUCAAGUCUGGUGUCUUGUCUCCCAGUUUGAUAUUGAUGCUACAAAAAGUGAUUGGCACCAAUGCAUGUGGUGUGUUUUAGAAAGAAGAUUGUCCCAAAAAUUUAGUUUCAAUGCAUUCAAGUUAUUCAAAUACCAUGAUUGAUCAAGUGUAUUCAUUUGCUACACCUAGUGCAUUCUGGGAUUGAGAUUGUCAAAUUUUAUAAAGCUGCUAAACACAAAAUGUUGCUUAGCAGAUUACGAAAAGUUGGU